AUGAAGGACGGCAAAUUCGAACACGAUGUCACCGCGGCGUCUUCAAAGACCAAGGUGUUCGACCUGCUUUCCUUGAAGGGCCGGACAGCUAUCGUCUCGGGUGCCGGCGCAGGUAUCGGUUUGGGCGUUGCUCACGCAUACGCCGAAGCGGGCGCGAAUGUGAUAAUCUGGUACAAUAGCAACGCAAAGGCGCUAGAGCGCGCAAAAGAAAUCGAGGCCGAGUACGGCGUUAAAUGUCGCGCAUAUCAAGUGAAUGUCACGUCCGCCGAGGAUGUCGAGGCAGCUGUGAAUUCCCAGAUCAAAGAGUUUAACAAUCGCCUCGAUGUCUUCGUGGCCAACGCAGGCAUUCCAUGGACACAGGGUCCCGCCAUUGACGGAGAGCUCGAACACUAUCACAAAGUCGUAGCCAAUGAUCUCGACAGCGUCUUCUAUUGCGCGCGCACAUGCGGCAAGAUCUGGAAGAGACAAAAAGAGACGGGCCUCGACUUGGCGGGCAAGAAGCUGGAGGACUUCAAUGGCGGCAGCUUCAUUGCUACUGCGUCCAUGUCUGGCCAUAUUGUAAACGUUCCCCAAUUGCAAGCAGCGUAUAAUGCGGCCAAGGCUGGUGCCAGCCAUAUGUGCAAAUCAUUUGCUGUUGAAUGGGUUGGCUUUGCCCGCGCCAAUGCAGUCUCACCAGGUUACAUUGCUACAGAGAUCUCAACAUUCGUGUCUGAAAACACUAAGAACGUUUGGAAAGACAAGAUUCCCAUGGGCCGAGAGGGCCAGGUCCAUGAGCUGAAAGGGGCCUACUUAUUCCUCGCCUCGGAUGCGGCUUCAUACACAACGGGAACAGAUAUCAUUGUGGAUGGUGGUUACUGCUUGCCGUAA